CGUGAUGACGAAAGACGCUCUCUCUUUGCCGCAUCUACUGCGAGAAUGAAGACCAUUCUCAGCAAUCAGACUGUCGACAUCCCAGAAAAUGUCGACAUCACACUAAAAGGACGCACAGUCAUUGUGAAGGGCCCCAGAGGCACUCUGAGGAGGGACUUCAACCACAUCAAUGUAGAACUCAGUCUCCUUGGAAAGAAAAAGAAGAGGCUCCGGGUUGACAAAUGGUGGGGAAAUAGAAAGGAACUGGCAACUGUUCGCACCAUCUGUAGUCAUGUACAGAAUAUGAUCAAGGGUGUUACACUGGGCUUCCGUUACAAGAUGAGGUCUGUGUAUGCUCACUUCCCCAUCAACGUCGUUAUUCAGGAGAAUGGUUCUCUUGUUGAAAUCCGAAAUUUUUUGGGUGAAAAAUAUAUCCGCAGGGUUCGGAUGAGGCCAGGGGUUGCUUGUUCAGUAUCUCAAGCCCAGAAAGAUGAGCUGAUUUUAGAAGGAAAUGACAUUGAACUUGUAUCAAAUUCAGCUGCUUUGAUUCAGCAAGCCACAACUGUUAAGAACAAGGAUAUCAGAAAAUUUUUGGAUGGUAUCUAUGUUUCUGAAAAAGGAACAGUUCAGCAGGCUGAUGAGUAAGAUUUGAGUUGUCCCGGCUACAGAAACAACAAGAUGCCAGAUGAUUCUUCACAUUCAUUUGUGAUGUUUUACGAUACAAUAAAAAGUCUAUUGACUUAGAA